AGAUAGUAGACCUGCUUCUAAGAAGCGACCUUCCGGUAGUCCUUCUAGGGGAUCUCCUGUUGCUAGUACUGGACUAGGUGCAUUCGAUCCUUCGCCAGGCGGCGCAAGAGGAAGUUUAUUUGCCGUGGCACGUUCAGAAGAAGGACGAACGAGAAGUAAGCAAUCACCCCUGAAGGCUCCUCUUCUGGAGAAAAUAGACUCGAGGAGUGUAUCUGAGACUGAAGGUGGAAAGUUUGUUGAAGAAGGGACAGCAGCAACAGCGGUGGUAGCAGAGCGAUCUCCAACAUCCGAUUCGACAGGCAAACGCUCUUCGAAAAAACAGGUCUUGAUGCUUCUAUUUUGUGUCAUUUUUACAUCUUGGGCGUGCACAAUGGCAACGAAAGUGAGCGGCGAGUACGCGGUUGAAACGCCGUAUACGCAGAAUUUCGUCCGAUCUCUAGCCGGUAGUGCAACCUUGCUUCUGUGGCUAGUAAGAGACACCUAUUUGAAAGAACUACAACGUCUUCGAGAAGAAAAAGAAGAUGGACAGAACAGUGAGGGAGAUGUUGAGAAACAGUACAGAAGAUAUAAUCGGCAAAGGCAAGAAUCCGACGAUUUGAUGAGGCCUCAAAUCAAAAACCUGGAGUUCACGGCCCUUCGAAGGACUACGACUGCUGAAGAGUAUCAAUUACUUGCCGAAGAUACUCCCGUUUCGGUUGCCGAUCCAGAGACCGCACCAAUGCUUUUACACAAGAAGAAGAUGGACGAGCUGAAAUCGGCUUCGUUCUGGAUGAAAAUUUUGUUAUGGCUGUCAUACUACAUUCUAGGUUAAGGAAAUCAUCAACGUCUACACUUCGAAGUCGAUGAAACUUCAAACUUCUAAUCUCUGGCGGUCGCAACGGUUGGAAAUCUGCACAAGUUUUCUUCGCUAUGGGCGCGCUUCAGUGGUUUUACAUGUGGGCAUCGCUGGAAGCUCUUCGGGUCAUUGACGUAGCAACAUGGCAAGCACUAUCAGAGUGCCUUCAACCGAUGUUGAUCAUCUUGAUGAGUCUCACGUUUCAUGUCGCAGGCGAACGUUUUGACGCUUAUAUUAAGGUUUGGAUAACAAGUCGUAGCUUUACCUUUAAAUGAACUAGAAGUUGUAGAGAUUGGGCUCACUUCACAAGAUAACUGUCAAUUGCAUGAGACUAGAUUCUUGACUUCUCGGCGAGCAGUACUCCUCACUGGACGUAUCACUCUAAGCAAAAAGGCUUUGUCCUGGCACGGAACUGCGCAGCGAUCCUCCUCAUCGUGAAACCGCCAUUUAUCGUGCAUCUAGUGGAGAACUUUCUGAAGUCAGCGGAUGUUGUUGGCGGACAUCAGGGAGAGUUCGCAUUCUCGCGUUAUGUGCCACUUCAAGGAGGCCAUGAUCAUCAAAACGAGAAGAUGAACCCGAAUAAUUCAGUACUCACUCAUGAGGAAAGCCUGCUAUUCGAACCCAAGGUUGGUGCGUUCUCUACUUCAACGUCGACCACAAUGUUGAGCACAGCCGAAGCCCAAAAAGCCGCAGCGGCAAACGCAACAUCGACGAUUUACCUUGGUGCCUUUUGGGUCUUUGUACAAGCGAUUGGGUCAGCUGGGACUACGGUUUUGCAGCGAGCUUGCUGUACUUUUGAUACAGAGAGGGCCAGUGACGAGGAAAUACGGUGGAACCCAGAGGACUCGGCUGUUUUGGUGUUGUGGGGAUCUAUCUACAAUAUCCUGUACUGGUUCCCACCUGGUGCAUUCGAUAGCAUACGAGUGCCAGUGCUUUGGCCGCAUACUCCAGAAGACAGAACGGGCGGUGACUUGUUUGCCCUGCCUUUGCUCCUGUGGAUCGCUAUGUCGAUGAGUGGUGCGGCAGGACAAAUGUGCACCGUGUUUGUGGGUCGCGUACUGUGUUACAUUUAUGGUGUAGUGGAUUGACUAGUACCCAGGCUCCGCUCUUUCAUGCUAGGAAAAGUGCAUCACCAUGCUCUUCAUUACCUCAUUCUAACAUUCCCCCGCGACCGUCUAUUGUCUGGCCGUUUCGCCGAUGGUAUUGCUCUCCAGCGUUUUGAGUGGAUAUUGCUUCUUCGGAAAGCAACUCGACACGCUCGCUUUGACCGGAGUCAUGGUGAUCUUACUCGGCUACGCCUUUGACUACCUGUACAGCCGGAUGAAAGGGGUGGAAGCGAGUGCGGGACAUUAGGAUCUACGACGUUAGUUAUACUUCCUGUGGCGAAAGGACACGUGAUAAUUACGUCCUGCAGCGGACAUGUGAUAAUUACGUCAUGGCAACUCCACAUCAGCGGUGGAAGCCUAUGACGACUUACUUUAGCGAUAGCAACACCUCAAAAACUUCGUUCUGUUGCUUUUAUAGCAACCAUCUUUUGCCUUUACCUACGAUGUUAGCUGUACAUUUUUACCUGCGUCGACCACCAGAUCUUUUAUACUUUUGUUUCUUUACAAUUACACGGGCUCAUAGUGCGGUGGUGUGAUGUCGUUAUUCAAUUUUGUUCUAAAUAUUCUGUGCCUGGCCUCUAGUUGAUAAGUUCUUAUUGGUUUUCUGAGUGGCUGAUUUUCAUAGCUGAAGACUUCUUAAGCAUUUUUUCUGACUGUACUAUCGAAGACGAUGCAUUUAUGCGUCAGUGACUCCCGUUUUUACCAAUACGGCCAACAAAUACUGUUUGUUGAUGAAGACCAUUCCAAGUAAAAGAAUUGUACGCAAUUCACACCGAUAUCUAGCACAAAAACC